AAUUCAACUUUAUUUCUGAGGUGGUUUGCUUCCAAGUAAUAUUAUAGUUAGCUUUUGUUUCAGAAAAGGAACGCAAGGUUGCAGAAUACUACAAGAAACAGGAGAAGCUCCUUGAAGGGUAUAAUGACAUGGAUUCGAUGACUGAAACGGGUUAUUUCCCUGGAAGUCUCACUGAGGAUGAAAUGAAGCAAUUAGCAAGAAGUGAGAGACUGGCAGUGAAUGUGUCGAAUGCUGCUAACUUGGUGCUAUUUGCAGCAAAGGUUUACACUUCCAUUCAGAGCAAAUCAUUAGCAGUCAUUGCUUCCACCAUGGAUUCUCUCUUAGAUCUCUUGUCUGGCUUCAUAUUGUGGUUCACUGCCUAUGCCAUGAGAAAUCCAAACCAGUAUCACUACCCCAUUGGAAAGAAAAGGAUGCAACCGGUGGGUAUCAUUGUUUUUGCAUCUGUGAUGGCAACCUUGGGAUUGCAGAUUCUGAUUGAGUCUGGCAGACAAAUCAUUACGAAGUCUAAGCCUGAAAUGGAUUCCCAAGAGUUGAAAUGGAUGAUCGGUAUUAUGGCAUCUGUUACUGUAGUGAAGUUCGUACUCAUGAUCUACUGUCGAAGGUUUAAGAACGAAAUUGUCAGAGCCUAUGCACAAGAUCAUUUUUUUGAUGUUAUCACUAACUCAGUUGGAUUAGUUGCUGCUGUGCUUGCUGUGAAGUACUCUUGGUGGAUUGAUCCAAUGGGAGCUAUUAUUGUGAGUUCAUAACUCUGACAAAGUGGAUAUUCUCAUGUUCAAUGUUUCUGAAUGAGAGAAAAAGAUCAAAUUUUCCUCAAUGACUAACUCAAAUUUUCCAAUUUUAUGCACAAAGAAAAGAACCCAAAUUCUAAAAAUUUGACAUGAAAUUUUAACAUGAGAGAAUCGGUAACAUUU